AUGGACCAUCAUGAUACAGAGAAGAGACGACUGAACCAAAAUGGAUCAUCAUCAUCAUCAUCACUUUUCACCACGUUUGCGUUCAGCUUUUUAACUCUGAUCGCGGUUACCACGUUGGUUCUAAUGUCUAAUUUCUCGAUGCAACCGCAUAGAGAUUUCUCGGAGGUGAAGAUAGAGAUCAAAAGAGUGGUUCCACAACACUUACCUCUAAGCUCUGAGAACGAAAGCAAAAUCAAGCAGGAGACACAAGUGGUGAUGACUUCUCCCAAUCCGAACAUCACUACUGUAAACGAGAAGAACCGAGUUAUUGAUAUUUUCAGAGGAGAUAACUUGUCUGACAAGUUUCAAAGGAAAGCAAAGGAGUUUGUCGGUGAUUCUGGAUGUGAAGUCAACUUCGUCAUGACAUGGAUUUCACCAGCAAAUUUAUUCGGAAAGAGAGAGGUCUUUGCUAUCGAAAGUGUCUUCAAGUCUCAUCCUCAUGGUUGCUUGAUGAUCCUAUCCGCAACCAUGGAUUCUCCUCAAGGUUACACAAUCUUGAAGCCGUUUAUUGAUCGUGGUUACAAAGUUGUAGCAGUCACGCCGGAUCUGCCUUUUCUACUCAAAGGAACCGCGGGAGAAAAGUGGUUAGAAGAAAUAAGAAGCGGGAAAAGAGAAGCAGGGAAGAUACCAUUAGCUCAGAAUCUGUCAAAUAUAAUGAGGCUUGCCUACUUGUACAAAUACGGAGGUGUUUACUUAGACACCGACAUGAUCCUUCUCAAAAGCUUCAAAGGGCUUAACAACGUGAUUGGAGCUCAGACUCUUGAUCCUUCCUACACAAACUGGACGAGGUUGAACAACGCGGUGCUAAUAUUCGACAAGAACCAUCCCCUCUUGCUCAAAUUCAUUGAAGAAUUCGCUCAAACUUUCAAUGGCAACGUAUGGGGUUACAACGGACCGUACCUUGUUUCUCGAGUGGCUAGAGCAGCGGUGGAAGGAUCAAGUGAGGAGUACAACAACUUCACCGUCAUGCGACCUUCUGCGUUCUAUCCGGUGAACUGGCUAGAGAUAGAGAAGUUCUUCAAGGUGCCAAAGACAGAGAAAGAGUCCAAAUGGGUCAAGGUCAAGCUUCUUCAGAUGCAGGGGAGAAGCUAUGGGUUGCAUCUUUGGAAUAAAUUUAGCAGAAAGUUUGAAAUCGAACAUGGAAGUGCCAUGUGGAGAUUAGUAUCAGAUCACUGUAUAAUCUGUGAAAUCGGUUCUGCAUCAUCAUAGUAGUCUAUUGUUUGUAUUUGAUCAGUCACACACUGUUACUAAACUUGCUGUAUGCAUACUUCAACACUAUGAUCCAAAGAGGCUUCUUCC